AUGGCCGGGCUCCCCAGGGGCGAGGGUGAGACGCCGGGCCGUGACUCACGCUGUGUGCUCAGGUCCGCCAGCUCCAUCCUGAGGACCGUGUUCUUAAGCAGACUGCCGCCCGGUGGGCCCAGGUGUGUCUGCAAACUUAGUUUGAACGCGUGGUACCUGCAAGGCGCGAGGCCGCAUGUGAGAAGCAGCUCCCUGACCGACGGGCACACACUCUCCAAAGAGUCCCUCAGCCACGCUCUCGACCUCUCGUCCCCGGAGAAGGCCAAGGAUGCUCAGCCGAACUCGGCAGGCCACCUCCCCCCGGAGCAGUACGGGCACCUCCACGCUCUGGGCUUCAAGCGCCAGGGCUCGUGGGAGCGCAUCACCUACGCCCAGUACUACCUGCAGGCCCGCCAGGCCGCCAAGGGCUUCCUGAAGAGGGGGGCUGUCAGGCCUGCGUGGACACAGCCUCUGGUCCCCUGCAGAGGCAUCGUCACGGGCAUCUACACCACCAGCUCCCCCGAGGCCUGCCAGUACAUCGCCCGGGACUGCCGCGCCAACAUCAUCGUGGUCGACGCACAGAAGCAGCUGGAGAAGAUCUUGAAGAUCUGGGAAAACCUGCCCCACCUGAAGGCGGUGGUCAUGUACGGGGAGCCUCCCGUGGAGAAGGUGGCCAACGUGUACACGAUGGAGGAUCUCAUGGAGCUGGGGGGCCAGGUGCCCGAGGAGGACCUGGACGCCAUCCUCAGCACGCAGCAGCCCAACCAGUGCUGCGCGCUGGUCUACACGUCCGGCACCACCGGCAGCCCCAAGGGCGUGAUGCUGAGUCAGGACAACAUCACGUGGACGGCUCGGUACGGCAGCCAGGCCGGCGGCAUCCAGCCCGCCGAGGUCCAGCAGGAGGUGGUGGUCAGCUACCUGCCCCUCAGCCACAUCGCCGCCCAGAUCUACGACCUGUGGACGGGCAUCCAGUGGGGGGCCCAGGUCUGCUUUGCCCAGCCCGACGCCCUGAAGGUCAGUCUGCCCUCUGCCCGCCUGGGGGUCCCCGGAUGUGUGCCAGGGCCCGCCCGCGUGUGGGAGAAGAUCAUGGAGCGCAUCCAGGAGGUGGCGGCUCAGUCCGGCUUCAUCCGGCGCAAGAUGCUCCUGUGGGCCAUGUCGGUGAUGCUGGAGCACAACCUGACCUGCCCCAGCAGCGACCUGAAGCCCUUCGCAGCCAGGCUGGCGGAUUACCUGGUGCUGGCCAAGGUCCGCCAGGCGCUGGGCUUUGCCAAGUGUCGGAAGAGCUUCUACGGAGCAGCCCCCAUGACCGCGGAGACACAGCGCUUCUUCCUGGGCCUCAACAUCCGCCUGUACUCGGGCUACGGCCUCAGUGAGACCUCGGGCCCCCACUUCAUGUCCAGCCCCUGCAACUUCCGGCUGUACAGCUCUGGCAAGGUGGUGCCCGGCUGCCGGGCGAAGCUGGUGAACCAGGAUGCGGAGGGCAUCGGCGAGAUCUGCAUGUGGGGCCGCACCGUCUUCAUGGGCUACCUGAACAUGGAGGACAAGACGCGCGAGGCCAUCGACGCCGACGGCUGGCUGCACAGCGGCGACCUCGGGCGCCUGGACGGUGACGGCUUCCUCUACAUCACGGGGCGUCUCAAAGAGCUGAUCAUCACAGCGGGCGGGGAGAAUGUGCCCCCGCUGCCCAUCGAGGAGGCGGUGAAGACGGAGCUGCCGCUCGUGAGCAGCGCCGUGCUCAUCGGGGACCAGAGGAAGUUCCUGUCCAUGCUGCUCACCUUGAAGGUGGCUCUGAGCUCAGACCUCUGCUCCUUCCACCAAUUGGGGUGGCAGCCGCACCCCCAAACCACAGCUCGCAGGACCCGCCUCCCGGCUCCGGCAGUGACUCCUGCCGUGUACCGGGCCAUCGAGGAGGGCAUCCGGCGGGUGAACGGGAACGCGGCCGCCCGGCCCUACCACAUCCAGAAGUGGGCGAUUCUCGAGAGGGACUUUUCCAUCUCGGGCGGAGAGCUGGGCCCCACGAUGAAGCUGAAGCGGCUGGCCGUCCUGGAGAAGUACAGAGACGUCAUCGACUCCUUCUACCUAGAGUGAGGGCGCCCAGGCCCCAGCGCCCCCGGCCC